AAAGUGCAGUGUUAUUACACUUUGUUGUCUUUUGUUUCAGGUUGCUCCAGAAGAAUACAAAGCUACAAUGUCCCGAGUGAACAGUGUAUUGAAGAAGACGUUACCUGUUAAUGUCAAGUGGUUAUUAUGUGGCUGUGUAUGUUGUUGUUGUACGUUAGGCUGUUCACUUUGGCCAGUGAUAUGCCUUAGUAAACGAACAAGACAUUCAAUAGAAAAAGUAUUGGAUUGGGAAAAUAGCCAUCUUUAUCACAAACUUGGUCUUCACUGGAGGUUAGGAAAGCAAAGGAGGGAUUCAACUACUAUGAUGGAGUAUGUUCUACUGAUAGAGUUCAUCCCAAAAAUUCCAAUUCAUCGACCAGACUAGUUGAUGGACUUGUGUCCCAGCCGGGAACAAAAUAUAUAGUUGCCUAAAAAUAAGUAAAUUUAUGUGUGUCUUGCCUUGGUUACUGUGUCAUAUACCUGUACCCUGCACACAGUAUCUAGUAAUGAUGUUUCCUUUGUUUUUGUAUUUUGAGAGAGUUGCCUGUGAACUUUACUUUUAUUGAUUGGUUUAUCAAUAGUAAUCUAAAAUUAAAGAAACCUUAUUUGAAUCCCCUUAGUCUACCAAGUUUCACAAGAUUAAAGGGGACCAUUGGAUAAUGGAUUAAUUUGCUGUCAAAAGACUGGAUUUAUUGAUAAAGAAAGACGCGCGUUUGUUUAUUUAUUAUGCCUGUAAUAUGUUGAUAAUAAAUGACAGAACUUCGUUGUUUUAAAAAUGGCACGAUAGAAAUGUCUAAAAACAAUGAAAUGUAGUCUGAUUAUUAAUUGAUCAGCUCUUGUUAGCAGAAUACAAGUUGAAAAAUCAACUAGGUUUUAAAUUUUAAUAGUUUUAUUUCCAAUAAUUAUGUUUCUGUUAUUUUUUAUGGUGUGUUUUUAUUUAUUUUUCAUUCAAAAUGCUUUUAGUGUUCAUAAGCUGAAAUAAAGUUUUAAUAGUGGUGGAGAACAACAACAUUGAUCUUACAAAAAGAGCCCAAAGUUUGUUAUUAAAUCUGUAUAUAACAUAUUAUUGUAAUUCACAGUCCAUGCUAAUGGGUCACUACCUAAACAGUACUAACUUUUAUUCAGAAUCUACCAUUAUGUGAGCUCUAAAAACUGUUUUCUCUCCAAACCUAAACUGAUUUAAAUCAUAACUUUUGCUUGUCAUUAUGUUUUCAGUUAGGAAACAUUAUUGUUUUUUUGUUUUUUUCACCUUUAUCUUAUUAUCCUGGAUUAUUUUAUUUUAAUGAGAAAACUAUAUUUAUGUAUAUAAUUGUUAAAACAGUUUCAUGAAUAUAGUAAGUUAGCUGUUAUUAUCUUGUUGUUGUUUUUUAUUAAUUAGAAAACAUAGUUCUGCUAUUUUAUCAAAUGUUAAAAGAAAAUUUCAGUGUGUCAAAGUUCUUAGAACUUCAUUCAACUUGAAUUUAACCCAUGAAUAGUGUGAAACCACAAACAGAACUUAGAUUAAUUUGAGGAAACAAAUUGGGAAUAUGUAACUGUCAAGAAAUAUAAUUAGUGGUUAAAACCCUAAAUAUAUAUUUCCACAUUUCUUCAAUUUAUGUUAUUCCUACUAAACUCUUCUUCAUAAAGAUAACAGCACUAAAUGAUCCAAGUUUGUAUGCUUUAAAAAAGGAAAAGAAAGUGAGGUAUGGUCUCGAUACAUGUUUUAUUUUUGUUUCCACCAAGUUUAAGGUAAUUUAUAUUAAUCUUUGCCGUUUUUUGUUACAUGUGAAAUGUUAUUUAUUGUAUAGUUUUUCUACUAAGGUGGUAGAUGUUUAACAGCUCAACUACUGAUUACUGCUUUAACUAAGGUGACUUGUUAUCAAGAUAGCCAUGUCAUGAUGAAAUUACUACUGAUCAAAAACAUGCUUCUCAUUUCUUUUAGAAUUAGUUUCAUAAUUCACUUUCAACACUUUUCCCUGCCAAGUUUAUAGAUAAACAACACUUUCCCUGCUAAGUUUAGAGAUAAACAACUCUUUCCCUACCAAGUUUAUAGAUAAACAACUCUUUCCCUGCCAAGUUUAUAAACAACAUUUUCCCUGCCAAGUUUAGAGAUAAACAACAUUUUCCCUGUCAAGUUCAGAGAUAAACAACAGUUUCCCUGCCAAGUUUAGAGAUAAACAACAGUUUCCCUGCCAAGUUUAGAGAUAAACAACACUUUCCCUGCCAAGUUUAGAGAUAAACAACUCUUUCCCUGUCAAGUGUAUAGAUAAACAACACUUUCCCUGCCAAGUUUAGAGAUAAACAACACUUUCCCUGUCAAGUGUAUAGAUAAACAACUCUUUCCCUGCCAAGUGUAUAGAUAAACAACUCUUUCCCUGCCAAGUUUAUAGAUAAACAACAUUUUCCCUGCUAAAUGUAUAGAUAAACAACUCUUUCCCUGCCAAGUUUAGAGAUAAACAACACUUUCCCUGCCAAGUUUAGAGAUAAACAACACUUUCCCUGUCAAGUGUAUAGAUAAACAACUCUUUCCCUGCCAAGUUUAUAGAUAAACAACAUUUUCCCUGCCAAGUUUAUAG